AUGACUGCAUCAUGUAGAUCUAUAACUAGUAAGGAAAUUGAAUCAGGUGUUUGGGCAGAGGAGAACAAUGAAGCUCAGACUGGGAUGGCUGUGAAGACUCAGAGGCCAGGGAAGAACAGAGAGUCACAGCCUGGGGACAGAGGGCAGCCAUCAGGAGGACCAGUCAGACCAUGUGAGAGUGGAGCAGGGGACAGCCCCAGCCUUGCGGAGGUGAAGGGUGUGAGCAGAGGCUUCUGCACGAGGGCAAACCUUCUCACUUCUCCCCCAGGAUGCUUGGGAGCCGAGGGCAGGCUGGCCCACAAGCUCUUCCGUGACCUUUUUGCCAACUACACCAGUGCCCUGAGACCUGUGGCGGAUACAGACCAGACUCUGAACGUGACCCUGGAGGUGACAUUGUCCCAGAUCAUUGACAUGGAUGAGCGCAACCAGGUGCUGACCCUAUACCUGUGGAUCCGACAGGAGUGGACAGAUGCCUACUUACGAUGGGACCCCGAUGACUAUGGCGGCCUGGAUGCCAUCCGCAUCCCCAGCAGCCUCGUGUGGCGCCCCGACAUCGUACUCUAUAACAAGGCAGACGCGCAGCCCCCGGCCUCGGCCAGCACCAACGUGGUGCUGCGGCACGACGGCUCCGUGCGCUGGGACGCGCCGGCCAUCACGCGCAGCUCGUGCCGCGUGGACGUGUCGGCCUUCCCGUUCGACGCGCAGCGCUGCGGCCUGACCUUCGGCUCCUGGACGCACGGCGGCCACCAGCUGGACGUGCGGCCGCGCGGCGCCGGCGCGGGCCUGGCGGACUUCGUGGAGAACGUGGAGUGGCGCGUGCUGGGCAUGCCGGCGCGGCGCCGCGUGCUCACGUACGGCUGCUGCUCCGAGCCGUACCCCGACGUGACGUUCACGCUGCUGCUGCGCCGCCGCGCCGCCGCCUACGUGUGCAACCUGCUGCUGCCCUGCGUGCUCAUCUCGCUGCUCGCGCCGCUCGCCUUCCACCUGCCCGCCGACUCGGGCGAGAAGGUGUCGCUGGGCGUCACGGUGCUGCUGGCGCUCACGGUCUUCCAGCUGAUCCUGGCCGAGAGCAUGCCGCCGGCCGAGAGCGUGCCGCUCAUGGGGAAGUACUACAUGGCCACCAUGACCAUGAUCACCUUCUCCACGGCGCUCACUAUCCUUAUCAUGAACUUGCAUUACUGUGGUCCCAGUGCCCGCCCAGUGCCGGCCUGGGCGCGGGCUUUCCUACUGGGAUACCUGGCACGGGGCCUGUGCGUGCGAGAACGAGGGGAGCCCUGUGGGCAGCCUAGACAGCCCGAGUCGCCCCCCAGCCCCCAGCCUCCAGAGAGAGGGGCCGGCCCCCCAGCAGGCCCUUGCCGUGAGCCCCGGUGUCUGUGCCAUCAGGAAGAGCUGCUGCGCCAUGUAGCCACCAUUGCUCACACCUUCCGCAGCCACCGGGCUGCCCAGCGCCGCCACGAGGACUGGAAACGCCUGGCCCGUGUGAUGGAUCGCUUCUUCCUGGGCAUCUUCUUCUCCAUGGCCCUGGUCAUGAGCCUCCUGGUGCUCGUGCAGGCGCUGUGAAUCCGGGGUCCGCUGCGGCCGCAGAAGUGACACAGGAUGGGAAGACCAGGUGGUUGCUGGCCCUCACAUAGGCCACCCAGUCUCUCCCCUCUACACCCUGGAACCCCGGACACCCUCUCUCAGGGUCAGCAGUGCUGACUUCACAAACCACGAGGGAGCACUGGACUGUGUAUCCUGUUUUCUUAAGAAAAAUCUAGAGCUUGCCACUGCCUUAACUCCUAUGGGGGGAAGGACUCUAAGAAGGUUGAAGGUCAAAGUGCAGUCCUAGAGGGACAGAAUUGAACUUCAUUAAUGAAUGUUAGAGUUUUCAGUGGGGAGAGGACACGUUAUAUGAGAAACAGAACUGCAGCAUUGCCUGCCUUCUCUUCUUUCCUCAGUGGCUGCUGUUAUAGGAGCUUGUCCCUGCCUAGGGGCUCAGGGAAGGGGUUUGGGGUUUCAGACUGAUGAUCUAGUUUCCAGAGCAGGAGGCCACACAAGGAUGUGGCCCCAAAGCUCCAAUUCAUCAGAAAGAGAGUGUGUGCCUGGCACCUCCUCGAUGUCCUGUCUUAACCUUGGGUCCCGUGAUGGUGGGAGAUGGGGAUCCAGGUUUGUUUCUCUAGAAACAGGAGCCUUAGGACUCCUGGGAUUGAACAGGAAUUAUUACGUCUUUGCUGACAAGAAAAUGACGGAUUUGACCGAGACCCGGCAGAGGGCCUAAAGCAAGCCCUCCGUUGUCUUUCCUGCUCUCCUCUCUCUGGGUUCCUUCUGUCCACCGCAUUCGCCCACCCUGACGUCCAGAGGACUUGACGGUAUCCAGGGGAGGGCAAUGCAGGGACCAGCUGUUCACAGGUAUUUGUUCCUUUCUGACUUUCACAUGCUUCCCGGCACCCACCUCUUCGCCUCAGCCCCAGUUCCUGACCUCAGGAAGCUCACAGUCCGUCACGGGCAACAGACAUGGACAUGAGGUG